GAGUUGAAAACGAAUAGCAUCACCGUCACCCUCUUUCGUCCAAACGAUUUCAAACCCUCCAAUCAUCAAUGCAAUUUACUUCACAAAACCCCUCUUCCUCUUCGAUCACGAACCCCUCAAUUUGAUUGAUUCAAUCGCCGUCGUUUCCUUCCGCCCUUCUUUCCGGUGCCGCCGUGAGAUGACGUUGGGAUCCCUUGCCGCGGCACAGACUCCAACAUUCCGGACGGUUGUCAUCCCCUUCUCAGAGCUUAAAGAUAAAGAUGCUGAUUUAUCUGUGAAGAUCGAAGAAGGAUUUGGACCAGAUGGAUUGGGUAUUUUAUCUAUAUCUGAUGUUCCUGGUUAUGCUUUCUUGAGGAAGAACCUUCUGAAUCUUGCUCCGAGAUUAGCCAACCUUCCUGAAAAUGUGAAGAAGGAACUAGAAGAUCCUCAAAGCCGGUAUAACUUUGGAUGGAGCCAUGGGAAUGAGAAGCUUGAGUCUGGAAAACCAGACCUGCUAAAAGGUUCCUUCUAUGCAAAUCCAAUAUUAGACAUACCCACUACCGAGGCUUCUCUGAUUCAAAGGUACCCUGCAUAUUGUGGAUCAAAUAUUUGGCCUCAAAGUACUAUGCCUGAACUUGAAGUGGCUUUCAAAGCUCUCGGAAAGCUUAUUCUUGAUGUCGGUUUACUGGUAGCAUAUCACUGUGAUAAAUAUGUGAUGAAAGAGAGAGAGAUGCUGCCCAAUGAAGGCAUUGAGCAGAUUGUGUUUCGUUCUCGAUGUCAUAAAGGUCGUUUGCUGUAUUACUUUCCUGCUGAAAAAGGUAACGAUUCCCAAGAUACGGACUCCAUGUCAUCAUGGUGCGGCUGGCAUACGGAUCAUGGUUCUCUCACCGGUCUUACGUAUGGCAUGUUUACGAGAGACGGUGUAGAAAUGCCUUGCCCUGAUAGUACGGCUGGCCUUUACAUCAAAACACGAACGGGUCAAAUAGUCAAAGUUGUGUACGGCGAAGAUGAAAUUGCAUACCAAAUUGGCAAUAUAACCGAGAUACUUUCGGGAGGUCGUCUUUGUGCAACACCGCAUUGUGUCCGUGCACCGAAAGGCGGAAAAGCAGCAGGACUCGAACGUUCGACCUUUGCGUUAUUCAUGCAACCUGACUGGGACGAAAAACUUAAUUUUCCGGAAGCGGGAAACGUUCAUCAGGAGGCUAACGGAUUGCUUACGUUUGGGGAGUACACCGAAAAGCUUCUUGACAAGUACUAUCAUUUGAAAAUAUAGACCGUUAUUUGAAGUUGUAAUAAUCAGUUUUAUUUUUAUAACGCAUUUAAACACUACAAAAAAAGUAUAUAAACUAAUUUAUAUAGAA